AUGAAAUUGGAAAUCAUGGUACUAAUGCUUCUACGGGGCAAGGUCGGUCAUUCUUUACACAAGCGAAAAUCAAAAUCGAUUGUUCAGGCGAAUAUACCAGAGAUAAUGGCAAUGGGAACAUGUCCUACUGGCCAUUUCAUUAUCUUGGAACUUGUAGGGCGAAACUUAAGUGAUCUCAGACGACAAUUACCAGAGAGAAAACUUUCACCAGGAUCUUUGUAUCGCUCCUCAAUUCAGGUCCUAACAUGUUUUCCAUACGAAUGUUCUACCAUCUUUGACGUCACUCAUGCUCUAUCGCUGGUCCACGCUGCUGGGUUCUUACACAGAGACUUGAAGCCGUCCAAUUUCUGCGUUGGAGCUGAUGAUUUCAAAAGAAUUUAUUUGAUAGAUUACGGACUGACAAGGCAGUAUUUGGAUAAUUCGGGACAAAUUCGCAAAGCCCGCGAAAGCAUUGGAAUGCGAGGAACGCUUCGAUACGUCAGUCUUGAAGCUCAUGCUCGGCAUGAUCUCGGUCCAAACCACGAUCUUGUCGCACUGUUGUAUUCUAUAAUUGAGCUCGGAGAUGGAAGUCUUCCAUGGAGUAAAAUGCGGGAAGAAAACGCUAUUAGAGAUAGUAAGAAAGAGACCACAGUGGACAAACUGUGUAAGAACCAACCAAAAAUGCUGAAACUGGCUGAGGUAAAUGUGUUAAAUUGAUU